GCGUGACCGGCGGCGGCGGUGGCGGCGCCGGGGGGCGGAGGUCAGGGCCAGAACCGUUCUACGAUGCGUCGCCGUACGAGCUGCGCCUGCCACCUAGCGAUAACUUCCGCAACUUCCUGCGCGCUAUCGCGCACGACAUGAGUCAGGUGGUCUCGUCGUUCGCCGCGCCCGGAGAGCCCCGGCCACCCGUCAUAGGUGAGGAGGCCCGCCAUGCGCGGAGUGAGGGCUUCGACCAGCCCUUGAAGCGCGUCGUCACCAUGGAGACGUACGACGGCCAGGACGAGUACCUGAAGCCGCCGCCGGGCUGGGAGAGCGGCGGCGACGGCGCCGAGGGCGGCCCGUCGCCGCCCUACACGGCCGCCUCCACGCCGCCCUACCUGCGCUGGGCCGGCGGACUGCGCUCAUUGCUCGACGAUGAGGAGGGUGUUGAGCACUUCAAGAAGUACCUGAACGAGGAGGGCUGCCCGGAGAUGCUCGACUUCUGGUUCGCGUGCAAGGGCCUGACGGGCCAGUCGCCCGACAGGCCCGAGCACGACCCGGUCCAGUUCCGGCGGACUCAUCUUGGCCAUAUACAAGCGGUUUGUGCGGCCGCGGCGGCACGCGCGCGCCGAGCGCGUGCCGGCCGAGCUGCCCGUGAGCGAGGACGUGCGCUCGGAGAUCGCCGAGCGCGUGCACGCCGGCCGGCUGGACGCGCACCUGUUUGCCGCCGCGCAGGCGCAGGUGGAGGAGCAGAUGAACCGCACCGUGUACGCGAGCUUCCUCAAGUCGGACUACUACAUCCAGCUGGUGCAGGGCUGGCCGACCUGCGGCGAGGGCGCCGAGGAGAGCCUGGAGGGCUCCAGCUGCGCCAGCAGCGUCUGCGGCCUGCCGCCGACAAGCGGGCCCUCAUCCAGCCGACCGGCCGGCGGAAACCGGACAAGGCCGCCGCGGCCAGGACCGGCCUGUCGAUGUACCAGCAGCCGGGCCUGCCGCUGCCGCGGCCGGUCAACCCCUACCACACGCUGUACAGCUCCUACAACCCAGUCAGCAGACAGGACUCGGAGCUGCAGAGCAAGAGCUCCGAGGCGCUGACCGACGACACGUGCAGCAGGGCCGGCUCCUCCGUGGACGGGCGCACCGGCCAGUACCCCACCUGGCACUCGCAGAGGCGGGUGACCAAGCGGCAGCACAGGCUAAUGAAGGACAGCGCACGCCAGAACCAGGAGUCCUCUCUCCAGCACCCAGUAAUACCGCGCACGGAGAGGGUGGUCGAGCUUCCCCUGAACCCCUCGUGGCACGUGCAGGAGUUCGCCCAGCUGCUCACCUCCAAGCUCGAGCGGGUCAUACUCGAGCGCGAGAUGAUGGAGAGCGGCGUCGACUCGAAGCGGCUGCUGCAGGACGCCAUCGGCAAGCUUGGCAAGCUGGCCGUCGAGAAUGAGCAGGAGAUCCUCGACGCGCACAUCUCCAAGGUGUUCGACUCCAGCCACCACACGCCGUGGCGGUCGGGUGCGCGCUCGCCGGCGCCGCGCGACGUGCUGUCGACGUUCUCGGCCGACUCGGGCACCGUGCAGGACCUGGCGGCGUCGCAGCUCAGUCUGGAGCGGCACCAGCGCCACCACAUGCCCAAGUCGCGCACGUUCCCCGACUACGCGGCCCGGCGCUCGCUGCAGGACCCCGACUCGGGCGUCUCGGUCGUCUCCACCGACCGGCUGCCGGUCCGCACCCGGCCCAACGAAAAGGUGAUGAUGUGGAUGCAGCAGGCGGGCAAGGACGAGUCGUACAACACGUCCCGCUCCGGCUCGCUCGACCGCGCCGCCGAGGAGGAGCGGCGCGGACGCGCCCGGCUGUCAGAGGGCGGUCAGCAGCCGCAGGCGGCGCCUUACAACUCGCUGAAGCGGCACGUCGCCCGCCAGCCCAAGCCGGGUCAAGCGCGUCCCGACGCCGACGACAUGUUGUGCGUUGCCUAUACGUUUUGCGGAGAAGAAGUGCCUUAUAGGACGCGAAUCGCGGCCAAACGCAUUACGCUUAAACAGUUUAAACAGCUGAUGCCGCGCAAGGGAAACUACAGGUAUUUCUUCAAGACUGAGUGCCGCGACUUUGAGACGGGUGUGAUUCAGGAAGAGGUGACGGACGAGGCAGCCGUGCUGCCGCUCUGGGAGGGCAAGGUCUUCGGUCAGGUGAUGAGCCGCGACUGACUGGCCCUCCCAACGGUCGCCUCGCCGCCGCCUCGGCCGCGCGCUAUUUUUCUACGCCCAUUGUUGAUGCGGCGCCGUGUGCGGCGUUUUCGCCGGCGGCGCGCGCCGCCAUACCUCGCCACCUGCUCUGCCAGCUGCGCGCGCCGCGGUGUCC